AUGGAUGCACUUGUGAUCUCGGAUUCUAGUAGUGUUGAAGAGGAAGAAGACGACGAUCCGUGUGAAUGGUCUUCUGAUUAUCCUGAAUUGAAACUCAUUGGGAAUGAUUAUUUGGUUCUGAAGAACCCAACAAUCUAUGAAAGUGAUAAUGGUAAGAUUUUAAAAGGAUCUGAUAAGUCACGCACCAAAACCGUCAUCCUUAAAGUAUUCAAAAGACAUCAUACUCAGUCAAAAAAGGAUUACAUACAAUCAGCUAUAAGGGAAUAUAAGAUUGUCAAAGAAUUGAACAAUAGAAAUAUCAUAAAAGUGCUUGACAUUGCUAAAUAUGGCGAUGAUUCAAGUAUAGGAUCUCCCAACCAAUUAGCAGUGAUUGUUGACUAUUACCCCAAGGGAGAUUUACUUACGUGUAUUUGUGAUUUAAGAAGAAGGAAAAUUGAAAUAACCCCAAAUUUAAAGGAUGCUAUUUUCAAGCAGGUAGUAAAGGGUGUUGCCUAUCUUCACAAACAUAAUAUAGUUCAUAGAGAUUUAAAGCCAGAGAACUUUCUUAUAGAUGACACAGGUGUUAUCAAGAUUACUGACUUUGGAUACUCGUUGAAUUUGAACAAUAUGAGGGAGAAUUGGGUUUAUUUCUGCAACAAUAAUACCCUGGAGGUAUGUUGUGGAACCCCUUCGUUCAAAGCUCCUGAGUUAUUCAAAUUGGAAGCUGACGUUAAAGAGUGUUGUGAAGAUUCAUGUUAUGAUGUCAUGCAAUUUGAAAAUAAGAUUGACUUUAAGGCAGUGGAUUGUUGGGCUUUAGGAAUAACUUAUAUCCAAAUAUUUUUACUUCAAUCACCUUGGUCUACUGCCAAUCCCCUUGAUUUUAAGAACACUCGGUACUUGAGGUUUGAAGAAAAGUACCCUUCCCAGUUCUCCGAAUUGCAACAUUUGGUGAAUCAACUUGAGGAUAAAAACUUCUCCACCACAACAAAUCCAGUGCUUUCAAUCAUGAGAAACUUACAUUUUGAUGCCCGGCUCGAAGUCUUGAAACUUUUAAACCCUAAACCAUGCGACAGAGGAGAUGUUGACUCGUUAGCUAAUUCAGGAUGGUUAAGCAUGGUUUAUGCCAACCCAAAGGAAUUAAUAGAUUUUUGCAUGACCAAAUGA